GCUCUGGUGAAAAUAGAAAACUUGAAUAAUAAACCACUUUUCCUGCAGUCCGGUGUAGCACAACCCACAGAGCAGUCCAACCUUUUCACCUCGAUCCCCAAAAUGCUCAUCCUCAUCACCGGCGCCAACGGCUUCAUAGCCACGCACUGCAUCGCCCUCCUCCUCUCCACGACCCGCCACUGCAUCCGGGCAACCGUCCGCUCCAGCGGCAAGGCAACUGCAACCAUAUCCGCCCUCCACGCCGCAGGCAUCCCAUCUACGGCCACAGAGCCCCGCCUGCAAUUAGUCGUAGUCCCGGACCCAACGGACGCAGCGCAGUUCACCCCCGCGGUCAAGGACUGCGACGCGGUUCUGCACUUGGCAUCUGCAUUCACCUACGAUGCGGAGCCAGGGGAGUUUGAGGAGAAAUUGCUUAUCCCUGCUGUCCGUGGAACGGAGACGGUUUGCGCUGCGGCUGCAAAGGAGGCGAGUGUGAAGAGAGUCGUUGUCAUGUCGAGUUUCGCGGCGGUUUAUGAUGCGGCAAAGGGGUUGCAGCCGGGGAGGGUCUAUACUGAGGAGGAUUGGAGUCCGCUUAGUUAUGAGGAGGGGAGGGAUGCGAAGAAUGUGGCCAUUGCAUACCGCGCGUCAAAAGUCGUCGCUGAGCGUGCGGCAUGGGAUUUCAUCGCCACGCACAAUGUCGGGUAUACACUCGUCACUCUAUGUCCGGGGAUGGUCUUUGGACGGAUGAUCCACCCAAUCGACUCCCUGAACUCUCUCAACGCGAGUAACCAGAUCGUCUGGGACGUGUUGAAGGCCAAUGAGAUCCCGCCUACAAAAGCGCCCGUCUGGAUCGACGUCGAAGACCUCGCCCUCGUCUCGCUACGUGCACUCACAACCUCGCUGUCUGGCCACGAGCGGUUCCUCGUGACAGAGGGGCCGUACGACACGCAGGAGAUUGCGGAUGUUGUUCGGGAGAGUUUUCUAGAGUACCGGGACAGGGUUCCCGUGGGUAAUCCAGGGCAGAGGAUGCGGGAUACGCAUUAUGGGUGUGAUUCGAGCAAGGUGACGAGGGUUCUCGACGUGGAGUUUCGGAAUCUGAGGGAAAGCAUUGUUCCAUUGUCGAGGCAGCUGUUUGAGAUGGAGAGGGUUGGCGCAAAUCAGUAG